AUGUAUUGUUGGCAGUUAUAUGACGGUAACAACAAGCGACGAGCGGUGGUUGACGCAAAGGAUCCGAACGCGUCCAACUGGAUGCGCUACGUGAACUGUGCCCGGCACUGGCGCGAGCAGAACCUCGUCGCCUACCAGUACCGGGGGCAGAUAUACUACAGGACUAUAAAAAUAAUACCUCGUUUCACUGAGCUCAUGGUGUUCUACGGCAGUGAGUUCGCAAACAUGCUAUAUAUUGAUUUGGGGAAAUAUAACUCACCGCCUGGUUAUGCCGCAAAAUAUGGUGUUCCAUCAAAGAAACAGAUAUUAAAAAAUAAUGCAAAAAAGACUACUCCAGAAAAUAAUAAUACCAACAAAGAAAACGAAGCAAGAAAUAAAAUUGUGUCAAUCGAAGAAGUAAAAAACCAAACCACAUUAGAGACAUAUUCAGAAAAAUCGGUUAAAAAACACACAUUAGAUUCCGAAGUUGUUACGGAUGAUUAG